AGGACCUCUCAAGGAACAAACCUACCCGACUUCUACAGACGCAACUUUUGGAUCGAUUUUACUUAUUUUUUUUGACGACCGUGCAAGAAGAAGACAUGGUGGCCGCCGGUUUCCAGAUGAUGGGCAUUGCCCUGUGCAUUAUCGGCUGGAUCGGAGCCAUUGUGGUUUGCGCUUUACCUCAGUGGAAGGUCUCAGCCUUCGUCGGGAACAACAUCGUCACGGCUCAGACGACGUGGGAGGGGAUCUGGAUGAGCUGCGUGGUCCAGAGCACGGGUCAGAUGCAGUGUAAGGUCUAUGACUCCAUGCUGGCCCUCUCCCAGGACCUCCAGGCCGCCCGCGCCCUCCUCAUCAUCUCCAUCCUCAUCGGCAUCGUCGGCAUCCUCCUCGCCAUCGCCGGAGGGAAGUGCACCAACUGCGUGGAGGACGAGAGCUCCAAAGCCAAAGUCAGCAUCGCGGCCGGUGCUAUCUUCAUCAUCAGCGGCAUCAUGUGCAUCAUCCCCGUUUCCUGGACGGCCAGCAACAUCAUCAGGGAAUUCUACAACCCCAUGCUGGGCUCUCAGAAGAAGGAGCUGGGGGCUGCACUCUUCAUCGGCUGGGGGGCGUCAGCUCUCCUCAUCCUGGGCGGGGCUCUCCUCUGUGCAAACUGCCCCCCCAAGGACAACUACUCUGCAAAGUACACAGCGGCACGCUCCAACGGACCCAGGGACUAUGUCUGAGGAGAAAGAAACCAGAGACUGAGAGACUGUAAAGACACUGGUCCGUCAAACGUAUUCAGAGAAAACAUGAUUUCACAGAUUGUUUUCAGAUUGGAUUUCAUCUGUGCAGAGAAAACAGGAACGUGCACCACGCCCAAACAACCGUCAACGUGGACUGAGUGACAAGAGACGCCAAAGACAAAUUAUGUGUUAAAAAUGUUAAAUGUGUUACCUUUAUUAUUUUGGAAAUGUCUUUGUUUUCAUCCAUUUCUGCCUUUUUACAUAUCAUUUCAUUGUAAAGUGUUUGAAACUGUAAAUAAAUCCUUUGUAUUAACAAGUU